ACUUUCCGUGGCGGAGUACUCGGCCCUAUUAAGUGACAUUGAGGACUGAUGCAGGUGUUCCGCCGCAGUAAUUAAACGAGAAGAGUCUCCCGCUUUUGGGGAACGUGAUCCGGCUCCCUCACUACCUGAGAUACGCUUAAUACCCAACGCAAUUCAACUUUCUGGGUGUUUAAAACCUCCGUCAACAACGAUGAAUAGCAGCGGACCAACCUAUCCCCUUGCCUCUUUGUAUGUUGGAGACCUGCAUCCUGAUGUUACAGAGGCCAUGCUGUACCAAAAGUUUUCUCCUGCUGGACCAAUCAUGUCAAUCCGUGUGUGUCGUGAUAUCAUCACACGGAGGUCCUUGGGAUAUGCCUAUAUAAACUUCCAGCAACCGGCUGAUGCGGAGUGUGCUUUGGAUACGAUGAAUUACGAUGUUCUCAAGGGACGCCCAAUCCGAAUUAUGUGGUCUCAACGUGACCCAGGCCUCAGGAAGUCUGGUGUGGGCAACAUCUUCAUCAAGAACAUGGAUGACACCAUUGACAACAAGGCUUUGUAUGAUACCUUCUCAGCCUUUGGCAAUAUUUUGUCCUGCAAGGUCGUUUGUGAUGAAAAAGGCUCAAAAGGCUACGGCUUUGUUCACUUUGAGACUCAAGAAGCUGCAAACCGUGCCAUUAAGACCAUGAAUGGAAUGCUGCUGAAUGAUAGAAAAGUUUUUGUUGGCCACUUCAAGUCUCGCAAGGACCGAGAGCAGGAGUAUGGCACCAAAGCUAUGAAAUUCACCAAUGUCUACAUUAAAAACUUUGGUGAAGACUACACUGAUGACAAUCUAAAAGAUGUCUUUUCUGCAUUUGGCAAGACUCUCAGUGUGCGCGUGAUGAAGGAUGAACAAGGCUGUUCGCGUGGAUUUGGCUUUGUAAACUAUACUAACCAUGAAGAUGCGCAAAAGGCGGUAGAUGAGAUGAAUGGUAAGGAGCUCAACGGGAAGUUUCUCUAUGUUGGACGGGCUCAGAAGAGGCUGGAGCGUCAGGGAGAGCUGAAGCGCAGGUUCGACCAGAUCAAACAGGACCGCAUCCAGCGCUAUCAGGGUGUCAAUCUGUAUGUGAAGAACUUGGACGACAGCAUCGAUGACGAGAGACUCCGGAAGGAGUUCUCCCCCUAUGGUACCAUAACAAGUGCAAAGGUCAUGACCGAUGGCUCCCAAAGCAAAGGCUUUGGUUUUGUCUGCUUUUCUUCCCCCGAGGAGGCGACAAAAGCAGUAACUGAGAUGAAUGGAAGAAUUAUUGCUACCAAGCCUCUCUACGUGGCACUGGCUCAGCGAAGGGAGGAGCGUAAAGCCAUUCUCACCAACAAGUAUAUGCAGAGACUGGCCACCCUGAGGAGCAUGAACAGUCCCCUCAUCGACUCGUACCAUCAGACCAGCUAUUACAUGACAGUGCCGCAGGCGUCCACGCGCACCUUCUAUGAGCACGGUGCUGUCAGCAACAUGAGAUCGGUGCCUCGCUGGACAGGACAGCCGCCAAGAGUGCACGGUCCGUACUCAUCCCAAUACGCUGGCGGCUCUGCCCCUCGCCAGGGCUCCACUCCCAUCGCCACUGUGAGACAGGCCUCCACUCAGGCUCCACGUAUCAGCAGUUCCACACAAAAGACAAAUAACAUUGGAACCCAGACGUCAUGUGGCCGAGCUGACAUGUCCGGUGUGUCGAGAAGCGGUCAGUUUAAGUACUCGUCGGCGGUGCGGAACCCUCAGCAGGUCAUCUCUCUACCCACCAUGACAAGACUGCAGGUUGGUCCUGCGCCUGUGAUGGAGCAGCCCGUGCAUGCUCAAGGAAUGGAGCCACUAACUGCCUCAAUGUUGGCUGCAGCACCACUUGUGGACCAGAAGCAGCUUUUUGGUGAGCGUCUGUACCCUCUGAUCCAUGCCCUUCACCCAAGCCUGGCUGGAAAAAUCACCGGAAUGCUGCUAGAAAUUGACAACUCAGAGCUGCUACACAUGCUGGAGUCACCAGAGUCCCUUCACUGCAAGGUGGACGAGGCCAUCGCUGUCUUACAAGCCCACCAGGCCAAGGUCUGCUCCCCAAAAAAGUGAGAAAUCCCUUAAGGUGGAGACAACUUUCUCGAA